GUACAUUAAUAUCCUUUUGGUCCAAACCAUGGCGCUCUUUGGGAAAGUUCUGGAACCUGUCGGCUUCAUGCAGUCUAUGCGUGUACUAGUUGAGGGAAUCUGCACUUAUCUAAGUGGCAGCACUACAUCUGAUGAUACGGACCUGGUGAAGAAGAACUUGGAUCACAUUGAUAAUCAACUUAGCUCCUUUGGACCAGGCCUGCUUACCGAUCAAGAGGUUCACCGUCUUGAAUAUGACUUGGUUGUGGUGUACAAUCAGUUAGGCGCAUCUGUGAGAGCCCAGCCAGAGUUUACAAAGCGGGAAAAGGAUGUGUUUUUGAGUUAUGUCCAGGAGUAUCAUCUGGAGAGGCAGCUGACAGCGCUGUACAGUCGUAUGAUGGGCAUUUCUGUCCUGACUGAUCAGCCCACCCUGUUAGAAGAGCUUGUUCGAAACCGUAAACCAAAACGCUGGCAGGUUAAGGAGUUUUGUGUCAAGGUGAAUUUUGUUCUUGGAACAGGUCUGCUGUGUCUUUUUGUAGAGUCCUCUCUGACAGGCAGAGAUCAGGCCCUUCUCAUAAAGAGCUGGUCAGAUAGGAUGGCUGCCCUGUACAGGAAAAUGAAAAGCACAGGAGGGCUCUGUUCCGGAUACUUCCGUGAACAGGCAGAAGAGGAUGUCAAGAAGCAGAUCCUGGAGAUUCGAUGGAACACACACACACCUGAGGAGCAAGCAACAGAGAUUCUAAAAACUCUAGAGCGAGAUUACGACUGGCUGCACUGGGCUGUGAUGGUACACCCCCCUGUGGGCUCCUGGAAGGAGGCAGCAGAUGAAGAUAAGGAGGGAUCUGAACAGCAAAGCAGUCAACCCAGUCUGGCCUCUGAGAACUUCAUCUCUGUUUGCUCAGAAGUAACCAAUUCCAAUAUAGUCGCUUGUUACAGGGACACCCCUUCCUCGCUGGAUAAAGCUCGCAUCCAUCAGCUGAUAGUGGACCUGGAGUGGAAGAUUCCAAACCCCCCACCUGAAAUCUAUGCAGCAAUAGAAGAAGAUCCAGGCAAAGCUAGACUCUACCUAGCCAAUCGAAUGUUAAAAAAGCUGCAGGAAGGACUUGGUGCAGGUGUUGCUAUCCAUGUUGUACCAGGUAAAAUGGAGAUGAAGUGCAACUUUCCUCAGGCCUCAUAUUACCAAUAUGAAUACAAGCACAGGCUGGCCUCUGGUACAAUUUGUGUAUUUGGGUAG